AUGACCCAAGUAGUCGGUUAUAAUGAGUUUAAAGACAAAAUGAGAAUGUAUAUUGUCAACUUAGCCAAAGACAUCCGAGAUAAUAAAAAAACCGAGCAGACUAUUUAUGUUUUAUUAGGUCCUCCUGGCAUUGGUAAAUCUUUUAUUAGUGAAAAGUUGGCCGAGGCCAUGGAAAGGCCGUUAAUUAAUGUUGAUUUAGGAGGACGAAAGGAUACGGGAAUAUUAGAAGGAGUUAGCCCCAGUGUCAAGGCUGCUUAUCCUGGUCGACCUUGUCAAGGCAUUAGUGUGGGGAAAAACCGAGGAGCCAUUAUUCUCUUGGAUGAGUUUGAAAAGGUGGCCGACGAAGGAUUAGCCAUGAUGAUCGCCAAUUAUGCUGACCAAGUGCCUGACUUCGUUCAGAAUAGGGCUGAAAUGGUAAAUAUUGAAUUAGCCACUUAUCAGCAAAGGGUUGGUUAUGUUAAGUUUAUGUUGGGGAAGAAGUUGAGGAGUGAUAAAGAUACUGAACAUUAUGCCGAGCAACUAACGGAUGACUUUUGUAAAUAUAUAAUAACCGAGGAUGAGGAUAUCAAUAGGCCGAUUGAUAAUUUUACCCAGUUUACUAAUUUAGAAACCAGCAAAAACCGAUUUAUUUUUACUUAUGAAGGAGGGCAAAAAAUAAGUCUCGUUAGAAUUAGAACGAUGAAUAAAGAUAAUCAAUAUAAAGAAGCAAAAGACUGGAUAAAAGAGACUAAAUUUCCCGAAUAUAAUUGUAAAAUAGGGUGGAAUGCUAAUAAUGAGAUAUUAUUGGUGACUCAGAAUUAUUUUGGAGGACAAAGAUUAAAACAGGAAAAAGAACAGGAAUUAUUAGGGAAAAUAAGGAAGAAGAUACACCAAGAGUUAAAUAAUAUUGACCGAGAAUUAAAAACGGGUGAACGAAGUCCCCAAUAUAGCCAUGAGGAAAGAGAAAAUAUUAAAGAAUACCAGGAGGAAUUAAAAGAAGGUUUAUCAACUAAAAAUUAUGAAGAAUUAAACGAGUUUUCUUUUACUCAUUUAUUUAAUGAGGAAUUACAGCAAUUAGGAAAUAUUAAAGAAGGAGGGAAUAAUACUUCUUAUGAUUUAUCCCGUUCUGAUAUUGCUAUUUUGUGA